GUAGGACCCUCAUUUUCUCUCUCUAUAUCUCUCUUUCUCUCUCUCUCCAACCGCCCUCGCGGCUAUAGCUACGGCAGCAGUUCUGGGUCCACGGAUGACCGGGCCGACGCACAUUAUCAUCCGUAUUCUCCACGACUGUCCUUUUUGAUUCUUCAUUCUUUCAUUUCAUUUCAGGCCGACGCCAUUUCGAUUCUCUCUAUACUUUUCUCGUAAUUAAGGAUAUCAUCGUCAGGAGGAUGAAGCCGUUUUAUUGAAUGCGUCUCUCCAUUGUGAAAAGAAGAAUAUAGAUGAUGGAGCAGGAGGCUAAUUCAUGGUUAAGGAGAACUAAGUUUUCACAUACUGUUUAUCAUGGAUUGGAUUCCGCCAAAUUAGUCUCAGUUCUUUCUCUAGAACCAAAUCAUUGUUAUGGAAGUGCCAGAGAAUCAUCAUCUUCGUUUUCUCGUGAUUUGAAAUCAAGCAAAAGUCUAACUACUAAACAGCUUCCACGAAAUCCAGCACCUCUUAAGCAAAGAUCUGUCUCACCUCAUCCUCAAACAACACUAUCCGAUGCAUUUAAAGAAGCUAGAUCAUCUAACAAGAGAUUCUUAACACCAGCUCCUCAAAGAAGAGAUUCCAAGAAAGAAAUUAUAAAGAAGAAAUCAUCUAAAGAGGAUUUGACAAAGUCUGAUUCAAGAACAAGUCCACUUAAGAAAUUCACUUCAAUGAAAGUCUACCAAAGUAAGAAAUCAUCUUCUUCAUGGAAGAAAUACUUUGAUCAUGGUGGAGGAAGAGUUACUUCUGUAGAUACAGUUGACGAAACGAUGGUGGAUCUAUCUCAGUUAUAUUUCGGUCCGAAAUUCGCUCAUGGAGCUAAUAGUCAGCUUUAUCAAGGAAUAUACAAGGAUAAACCUGUUGCAGUGAAGAUAAUUAGAGUACCGGAUAAUGAUAAUGAUGAUGAUGAAAAUGUCGUAUUAACAGCUAGAUUAGAGACACAGUUCAAUAGGGAAGUCAUGUUUUUAUCGCGUCUUCACCAUGAAAACGUCAUAAAGUUGGUUGCAGCAUGGAGGAAUGCACCAGUCUUUUCGAUAAUCACAGAAUAUCUAUCUGAAGGAUCGUUAAGAGGAUACCUUCACAAGCUCGAGCACGAUGAUCAUUACUGUCUUCCGUUAGAGAAACUUGUUGAAAUAGCUCUGGAAAUCGCGGGUGGAAUGGAGUAUAUCCAUUCUAAAGGAGUGGUUCAUAGAGACCUUAAACCAGAGAAUAUCAUUAUUAAUGAAGAUUUCCACAUGAAGAUUGCUGAUUUCGGAAUAGCUUGUGAGGAAUCAUCUUGUGAUUUAUUUACAGAUGAUCCUGGUACAUACCGUUGGAUGGCACCUGAGAUGAUUAAACGUAAACCUUAUAACAGGAAAGUCGACGUUUACAGCUUUGGACUCAUUUUAUGGGAAAUGGUAGCAGGAACUAUUCCUUAUUCGGACAUGACACCUAUCCAAGCUGCUUUUGCCGUUGUAAACAAGAAUGUAAGACCAGUUUUUCCUGUGAGUUGCCCGGUUGCAAUGAGAUCUUUAAUUGAACAAUGUUGGUGUUCACAACCAGAGAAGAGACCGGAUUUUUGGCAGAUAGUUGAGGUAUUACAUCAGUUUGAAUCUUCUCUUGCCUUUGAUGGAACACUAAAACUAGUUGAAAAGAAUCCCAUAUCUCAUGAUCAUAAGAAGGGUCUUCGUCAUUGGAUACAGAAGCUUGCACCGGUACACUCCUCCAAUAUGCCUAAACCUAGAUUUGCAUGAAACCAUUUUGUUUGUAUCACCCAAUUCAGAGUAUGUAAAUGAAAAGAGAUCUCUUUCUUUGCUAGUAGCAUGUACAAUUAGAGGAUUUCACAGUCAAAUUACAUUCAAUUUGCCUAUUUGUUAUAGAUCCACAAUAAUUUGGUCA